AUGAAGUACAGCGGGCUCUACUUCAUCUCCAACCCCUCCACAAGCGUCGAGGCCGCCCUCUCCACCGUAAACACCCUCACCCAAAGCAUAGAGUCGAGCUUCCAAACCGCCACCCGCCAACCACCAUGGUCCCUCUCCUACCGCGCAUUCCGCGACGUGAUACCCCCAGGGUACCAGGCGCCCGUCGGUGCAGACGGUAAACCAGCGCCAUACCCGCAUUCGUACCAGCACAUGCUGCACCUCUCCACCCUCGCUCCAAACAGAGCAUACAUCUACGCGCAGCCAGCCGCACAACCUGCGACAACCGCUUCGAUACCGCUGCGCCAGCAAGACACGCACGCCUCGAUGCUACGGAACCAGUCUUCGGCGCUCUGGGCACAGCGCCAUGUACUCUCCGUGCGCGACGGGACGUCCUACACCGCGGGCCUCUGCACCAUCCAGCUCGGCGAACUACGCGCCACACGCGAGGGACCUCAGUCCGGCGCAAUGCUCUCUCCCGGCAUAGUCUUCUGUAUUACCACCGCCGUCGGUGCAGAAGACGCAGACGAGGGACCUGACGCUGCGUACUCGGCUGUGGAGAACGGGGCACCGCUGGAUGCAGGCGAGCAGAACGAUAUUGAUUUCGAGUAUGCACAGGCGGUCAUUCGUGAGUGCUGGAAUCGCAUCAAGGAAGGGAAGGAUCUAGGGCGUUCGGAAGUUAAGGAGUUCAUGAUGGUGCCUAGGGCUGAGGUCAAGAGGGAGAAGCAGCGCGAGCAGGCCGUGCAUAUGUGGUGUGAUGCGUUGAGAAUCCGGGGCUGA